AUGGGCAGAAGUUUCAUUCUUCUCUUUUUCAUUCUACUACAUGCCAAUACUUUACUUGCUAAUAUUAGCACUGAUGAAGCUUCUCUUCUUGCACUUAAAUCACACAUUUCUUCUCAUUCUAACAAUAUCUUAGCAAGCAACUGGUCUUCUUCCGUCCCGGUUUGCAGCUGGAUUGGUAUCACUUGUAGCUCCCGUCACCAUCGAGUCACUGCUUUAAACAUUUCUAGCAUGCAACUUCAUGGUACCAUUCCUCCACACCUUGGAAACCUCUCAUUUCUCGUUUCCCUCAAUAUAAAUAACAACACUUUCCAUGGAGAUUUGCCACAAGAGUUGGCUCAUUUGCAGAGGUUGAAAUUCUUUUAUGCCAAAAACAAUAACUUCACCGGAGCCAUUCCAUCAUUUUUAAGUUUGUUACCAAACCUACGCUUUUUGUACCUAUCGAAUAACCAAUUUUCGGGUAAAAUUCCAUCCUCUCUUUCCAAUCUGACAAAACUGCAAGUGUUGUCAAUACAGAGUAAUUUUUUCGAAGGAGAGAUCCCUCAGGAACUUGGUGAUCUUCGUUACUUGAUUGUCCUAAACCUGCAAUAUAAUCAGCUUAGCGGCUCUAUACCACCAUCAAUCUUUGACAUUACUACAAUGCAAGUGAUUGCUCUUAGCGGCAACAAUUUUACUGGAAAGCUUCCAAUAACUAUAUGUGAUCAUCUUCCAGACUUGGAAGGACUUUACCUCGGUAGAAACUCCCUAGAUGGAGUUAUUCCACCAAACCUGGAGAAAUGCAGAAAGCUUCAAAUAUUGGAAUUGACUGAAAAUGAGAUUGCUGGAACUGUACCAAGAGAGCUAGCCAACUUAACAACUCUUACAGGACUAUAUCUUAUGGAUCUGCAUUUGGAAGGAGAGAUACCAAUGGAGCUAGGUGAUCUUAAGAAACUACAAACAUUAGUAUUAUCACUGAAUGAACUUACUGGCUCUAUCCCUGACAGCAUUUUCAACAUGUCAGCACUGCAGAUUAUAGAUUUUGGACAAAACAAGCUUUCAGGUAUUCUACCUUCAGAUUUAGGUCGUGGAAUGCCCAACCUAGAAGUAUUCUUUUGUGGAGGAAAUAAUCUAAGUGGUUUUAUCUCUGCUUCAAUCUCAAAUUCUUCAAGACUCACAAUGUUAGACCUCUCCAACAACAGUUUCACAGGUCUCAUUCCUAAAUCACUUGGUAACUUAGAAUACCUUGAGAUUCUUAACUUGUGGGGGGAUAAUUUUGUCAGCGAUUCAACAUUGAGCUUCCUUGCAUCAUUGACAAACUGCAGGAAUCUAAGAGUACUCACGUUAUCUGGUAAUCCGUUGGAUGGUGUUUUACCUGCAUCUGUUGGUAAUUUCUCAAACUCCUUGCAAAUUUUUGUAGCUGAUGGUUGUAAACUGAAGGGUGUCAUUCCGAAACAAAUUAGUAAUCUUACUAGAGUUACAAGGAUGAGUCUGGAUAAUAAUGAGUUAACAGGCCAUAUUCCAAAAUCUGUGCAAGCCAUGCUGAACCUUCAACAACUCUCCCUACAAAGCAACAAGAUAGAAGGAGCCAUACCACAUGUUAUCUGCAGCUUAAAGAAUCUAGGUGCAUUACUCUUGUCAGAUAAUCAAUUUUCUGGUUCAGUGCCCUCAUGCUUAGGUAACAUGACCAGUUUGAGGGAACUUUACCUAGCUAACAACAAACUGGAUUCUAGAUUACCUUCAAACUUGGGGAACCUUCAAGAUCUCAUAGUAUUCGAUGUGUCAUCCAAUUUAUUUAGUGGGGAAAUUCCACUGGAGAGCGGAAACUUGAAGGCUGCAACACACGUUGAUCUGUCAAAUAAUUAUUUUUCUGGUAAGAUUCCUAGUACUCUAGGGAGUAUAGAUAAAUUGAUUAAUCUUUCUCUAGCACAUAAUAGAUUAGAGGGGCCUAUUCCAGAAUCAUUUGGCAAAAUGUUGUCCUUGGAGUACUUGGAUUUGUCCUAUAACAAUCUUAGUGGUAAAAUUCCAAAGCCAUUAGAAUCUCUUGUGUAUCUCCAGUACCUAAAUAUGUCAUUCAAUGAACUCAAUGGAGAAAUUCCCACUGGUGGUCCCUUUGCAAAUGUCACCAGUCAGUCUUUCUUGUCCAAUGAUGCACUUUGUGGUGACUCCCGAUUUAAUGUAAAACCAUGCCUAACCAAAUCUACAAAGAAAUCAAGAAGAAAAAAAGUGCUCGCAGGUUUAUAUAUUCUAUUAGGGAUUGGAUCACUCUUCAUGUUGACUGUUGGAAUUGUGGUGUUAAGAUUGAGAAACACAAAGAAGAAUGCAAGUCAAAAGGAUGUGUCUCUCGUAAAAGGGCAUGAAAGAAUUUCAUAUUAUGAACUUGAACAGGCAACAGAAGGAUUCAACGAAACCAACUUGCUUGGUAAUGGGAGUUUCAGCAUGGUUUAUAAAGGGAUACUUAAGGAUGGUAUCAUUUUUGCAGCAAAGGUAUUCAAUGUGCAAUUGGAGGGUGCAUUCAAAAGCUUUGACAUAGAAUGUGAGGUACUCCGGAACCUUCGCCACAGAAAUCUGACCAAAGUCAUCACCAGCUGCUCCAAUCUUGAUUUCAAGGCCCUAGUGUUGGAAUACAUGCCCAACGGGACACUUGACAAAUGGUUAUACUCUCACAACUUGUUCUUGAACUUAUUGCAGAGACUGGCUAUAAUGAUAGAUGUUGCAUCUGCAAUGGACUAUCUUCACAAUGGCUAUUCAACACCUGUGGUGCAUUGUGACUUGAAGCCAAGCAAUGUCUUGCUAGAUCAAGAAAUGGUUGCUCAUGUAAGUGAUUUUGGCAUUGCAAAAAUGUUAGGUGCAGGGGAGGCUUUUGUUCAGACAAGGACAAUUGCAACCAUUGGAUAUAUUGCUCCAGAGUAUGGACAAGAUGGCAUAGUAUCCACGAGUUGUGAUGUUUAUAGUUUUGGCAUCCUGAUGAUGGAGAUGUUCACACGAAUAAGACCAAGUGAUGAAAUAUUUACUGGAGACUUGAGCAUACAACGUUGGAUUAGUGAUUCCUUUCCGGGUGAACUUCACAAGGUGGUGGAUUCUAAUUUGGUACUGACAGGAGAUGAACAAAUUUCCGCAAAGAUGCAAUGUCUGUCAUCUAUCAUGGAAUUAGCUUUGAACUGCACUUUAGUGAGACCUGAUGCAAGAAUUAGCAUGAAAGAUGCUCUUUCAACACUCAAAAAGAUAAGGGUCCAGCUUGUUAGUAGUCGGCACUAGGUGGAAUCGGACUUGUAUGUUAUUUAGUUACCAGUCUUCUCUUGUAUGUUAUUCAAUUUCGCACAAGAAUUUAAGUGUAUUUUAUCUUGGUUGU